AUGCCUCCGAUUCCGCCUUCCGCGCAACGUCAUGGCCCGUCAUGGAUCGAUAAAAUGAAAAUGGGGAUGUUGAUGGGCGGAAGUCAGUCGAGCAAUGACAUCGCUGUCGGAGGCAUUAUGGGCUUCAUUUACGGUACCGUAACGAUCUUCCAAUACGGUGCAGGCCAAGCUGGUGUAAUGAGGACGCUGGGAAAAUACAUGCUAGGGUCGGGCUCAAUGUUCGGGCUCUUCAUGGGCAUCGGAAGCAUCAUUCGUACGGAUUCACCUCAGAUGGCAUCAUCAGUAUGGGCACGAUCACAAUACCCACCUCUUGUCCACCCCCGAAGACAUCAAUUGUCGACCAACUACCGGUGA